AUGUCCCCCGUGCCCGGCGCUCUCGCGAGCGCUGCGCAGCCGCCGCCGCUAUCAUUGGAGGCGCCGCAAUACCCGGACCUUCGGGUCAGCACCAUAACGCCGGCGAGCGUGGAGACGCUGCAGCGGGCCGGCGCGUGGGACGAGGUCGGGCCGCCCGCCAGCGCAGAGUUUACUCAUAUGCAG